AUGCUUCUCGAGUUUGUUGACUCCCUAACCCGCGAGAAGGUAGAUGAGUUCCUUCCCGUGCGCUGCCCUGAUGAGCUCCGCGAUCAGCAUGACUCUACUGGUGGUACCUUAACCUACAUCAUUCGCGGGUGCCCCUCAGGUCUCGGCGAGCCGUGCUUUGAUAGGCUUGAGGCUGUCUUUGCCCACGCUAUUAUGUCUAUUCUUGCUGCCAGGGGCCGUCAGGAUCCCAAUGUUGCUCCUCGCGCCGUUUCUAUCGUCGAGGCCAUGACCGCUCUAACUAUUGCUGAAGCCCUUAUGGCUCAGCACGCGAGGCAGAUGGGCAUGAAGAUCCGCAGCUGGAAGAUGGUACAUUAA